GAAUUAACCUGAACAAAAGGGUGAGGUCGGCGGUAUAUGACUGCUGAGAGUAUGCCCUUGUACAUGUACAUGUAUUUAUACAUUUACAGUUUCACCACAAGCAGGACGUUCAGGAGUAUCCGCGGAGAACUGAGACAGGUUUCAUGGAUAUGAAAUCGUCAUCAUCGAUCGAUCUACCAGAUAUAUUCAGUCCGGAUGAUUCAGUCUCAUCUCAUGGGAGACCAGGCGGGCGAGUGUUCGGCGGCGCAGGCCGGUCGCAUCCGUCCUCCGUGAAAUCCGCGGGGCCGCUCAGAAACCUGUCUCUACAAACCUUCUUUAGACUGAUGGCCUUAACUGUCGUUUGUACGACCACGUUUGCACUCUAUUAUAUCAACAGUGGCGUCAUCAGGAAUACAACACCUACAGCGACCACGGACCGUGGUGAUAUAGCUAGACAGGUGUUGAAGAACCCAGCAGCAACCAACAAACCAACAGACAGAAUAGCACCACCGCUUAACCAUCCGAGUGGAGUGCAAAAUACAUCAACAGCCAAAUUGACAAGUGGAGUCCAAAAUAUAUCACCGGUCAACAUUCCUAGUGGAGUCCAAAAUAUAUCACCGGCCAAAUUGCCAAGUGGGGUCCAAAAUAUAUCACCGGUCAACAUUCCUAGUGGAGUCCAAAAUAUAUCACCGGCCAAAUUGCCAAGUGGGGUCCAAAAUAUAUCACCGGUCAACAUUCCUAGUGGAGUCCAAAAUAUAUCACCAGCCAAACUUCCAAGUGGAGUCCAAAAUAUAUCACCGGUCAACAUUCCUAGUGGAGUCCAAAAUAUAUCACCGGCCAAAUUGCCAAGUGGGGUCCAAAAUAUAUCACCGGUCAACAUUCCUAGUGGAGUCCAAAAUAUAUCACCGGCCAAAUUGCCAAGUGGGGUCCAAAAUAUAUCACCGGUCAACAUUCCUAGUGGAGUCCAAAAUAUAUCACCAGCCAAACUUCCAAGUGGAGUCCAAAAUAUAUCACCGGUCAACAUUCCUAGUGGAGUCCAAAAUAUAUCACCGGCCAAAUUGCCAAGUGGUGCACCGUAUAUAUCACCGGCCAAAAUUCCAAGUGGAGUCCAAAAUAUAUCACCAGCCAAAUUGCCAAGUGGAGUCCAAAAUACAUAUCCGGGUGGAGUCCAAAAUGCGUCACCGGCCAAAAUUCCAACUGGAGUUCAAAAUACAUCACCAGCCAAAUUGCCAAGUGGAGUCCAAAAUACAUAUCCGGGUGGAGUCCAAAAUGCGUCACCGGCCAAAAUUCCAACUGGAGUUCAAAAUACUUCACCAGCCAAAUAUCCAAGUGGAGUCCAAAAUAUAUCACCGGCCAAAUUGCCAAGUGGAGGCCAAAAUACUUCGCCAGCUAACCCUUCAGGAAGCGCUAAAGCAACACAACUUCUAGGAGAUUCAAGAAAAACUUGUCCAGAGCUGAAGAAGAUACCGAACCUCUCCGGUGCAGCCAAAGAACUGCAUCUAGAGGAAACUCCGAUGACCACAGUAGAAUCUCAAGUCUUCGGGAAUAUGAGAGACAAGAUUCUACACCUCGUGGAAGAGGGCAACCGACAAAUGAGGGCGCCCUCGCUGCAGACGCCCUCUACGGGAGGAACGGGUAGCUACGAUCGCCUGUUGGGAAGUCUCAUCCCGCUUGAGGCGAUGCUAGACAAUUACUCCUACUUACCCGGAGGACACUGGAGGCCAAUGCACUGCACACCGAGAUGGAAGGUUGCCAUCAUCAUUCCUUACAGACAUCGGGAGUAUCACUUGCCGAUAUUAAUAAGACGUCUCGUUCCUAUGCUCCAGAAACAACUCCUGCAGUUUGCUAUCUACUCCGUGAACCAGGAAAACAACAUGCCUUUCAACCGCGCCAUGUUGAUGAACGUAGGCUUCCUAGAAUCUCUGAAGUUCUCUAACUGGGACUGUUUUGUCCUGCACGAUGUGGACCACGUGCCUCUGAGUGAUCUGAAUGACUACGGGUGUACAAACAUGCCAAAACGAAUGUUAUCUGGAUCGGAUAGAUGGAACUACAGAAUACCUUAUCACAAUUUCUUCGGAGCCGUCACUGGUAUGACGAGGGAGAAUAUACGGACCAUCAACGGCUUCCCCAACGUAUACUGGGGCUGGGGAGGCGAGGACGAUGAGAUCUUUGAACGAGUGAGGGCGCGCAACCUUAAUGUUUAUAGGACCACAGGACCUGAGAAUUACUACAAGGUCAUCACACAUCACCACAUGAGCUCUCCAGCGAUGAAAGAAAGGUUCGAUCUUCUCCGUUCGUUCAGAUCUCGCUACCAACAAGAUGGACUGAACAACAUCAGAUACACCAGACCACUCAUAGAACUCCAUACUCUGUACACUAACAUAUCUGUAAACAUCCAAAAGGUAUAAAUUGCAGAUAUUUCCAGAGGUGUAGUAAUCUGAAAAUGUUGUGUCAACGAGGCAGAACUUUACAUGCCAUAUAUGUUGGAUCUACGGACAAAUAGGUAUUAAACUGGCAAUAUUUUUACGACAGAAAACAUUCAUAUCCCGUAUUGCAGCAUAGCAUUGAUAUAUUCAAUUGAUAAUGCUCAACAGAACUUCCGUUAUCAGCUGAUGAGUGAUUGAUGCUCAUAACAAUUCAUUUAAUGAAUUGUUAUGAACAUUAAUUACUCAUGAAUGUUUUAAUCAAUUGAACUAAUGUUUGAGGCAACUCACCUGAAGUAACGGCAUUUAUUCCAUUGACAUGGGCUGAUUUUUAUCCGAUAUUUAAGUCAAUUUGACAAUUUUAAGCAACUUAGAAAUGAGGGAUGUUCAUCGUGUCGGUAGUUUCAGUAUGAAACACAGGCCUGGAUUAUUCAACAAGCACAUCGGUAGGCACUGUCUAGGGCCUACGAAAAAUUCGGGGACCUAUGAAAAAUUUGAGGGCCAACGAAAAUAUCACAGUGUGGCCUGGUUUGCUUAGUAUCGCUUAGCAUCAACAUGACAUUGGUGUACAUGAAUAUCCUAUAGGGUGCAGUAGGGCCUACGGAACACUUAAUCCGGUCCUGAUGACACAGGGGAUUAUUUUUUAUACUAAAUUAAUUAUAUUAAUAUAAUGUUUUUUAGAAUAAGACUGCUGAAUGUUAAUAUCCAGUUUUUAUAUUCCAUUUUAUUUUUAAAUGUCGGUUUGUACAGAGGACUCAUUACUUUCCACUUAAAGUGGAUAAACUAUUAUUUUCCUAUUUAUUUCGGGAUGAUAACUGCUUUACUAAAAUCUUUCUAGGGAUUUGGGAAAUUGUCGAAGCGGAACUUCCACAAUAUCGAUCAGUUAAUUGAUACUGUCCCUCUACUCAGCUUAAUGGGAGACUUUUGAGACGCUUGGUGGCACCAAAUCAUACCGAUUCAUUAGGCCACGCCCACAGCGCACGUGGGGCAACAACACGUGCGUCCCUUCAAUCAACGCCACAAAUGAAUAUAGAAAUUCGCAUUAGCAUAAAAACCCAAAAGGUACCAAAGCGCCCCUAAAAAAGGCAAAAAUGAAAAUUGAAAAUUAGGUUAAUGGGACACAAAUGGAAAGAUUAUUGGUAAGCUAAGAAACCACAACAAACAACAAAUGCAUCACAUAACAUAUUGUUUGUAACCUUUUAAAUUUUGUAUUUUUGCGUAACAUACUUUUCUUAGCUCGGCUGAUGUAUUUACCUAUAGGGCUCUAUGAAAUCGGUUUUAUUUUGAACUCGAAAUAUUCAUAUUUCUAUUUUUGUACAUUUUCCUAAGUUAUUUAUAUACUAAAUAUGAUAAACAGACUCCGUGAGUCGUAUGAAGAUGGACAUUUUGUAAAAAAAAAAGAGGUGAAAACCUAUAAAGUUAUGUUCUUCUAAAACAAUUACAAAAUGUAUCUCAUUAUGCCUUGACACUGAAAGAGUCAUUUUGGGUAUUUUUAGUAAAUAUUUCGCUGUAGAUCUCAGCUGUGCAAUGUGAGUGCCUCUAAAAUUGGGAAAAUAUGAAAAGCCGUCAAUGUUAGAUAAAGGUUUAGCCUCGAUACACGUAAGCGUGUGUAGUUAUUGCUAUUCAUAAGCAACUCUGUGUCAUUUGGUACUUCUGCAAGAACUUGAAGUUUUCAAUUGAAUAUUUUUGUUUAAGUAAUGAUUAAAAUCAUAGUUGAUUUCAUGUUUUGAAUUUGGUUUGAGGAUUGAACAUUUAUGGUAAUGGUGAUUCUGGCUCUAUGAUAAUACUGAUUACAAAAUUAAAAACUUUUAAUUCCAGCCUCGCAAGAAUGCACACAAAAACAAUCUCAAAAUGUUUAUACAUUAUUUUGCAUUCCAUUUACUUGAAAAAAUACUUAAAGAUUAAACUGCGUAAUGGCCCGUAUGC